AAAUGAAUUGUGAAACUCAACCUCAAUUGAUUGAUAGGGAUUUUAAUGAUCACCUAUACAAUUUAAUUGAUAUAAAACAGGAUGAAGUUACGCAAUCGGCCACAAAACGAAUUCUGGAAUUUAUCUCUAACCUGAUCCUGAUUAAAAAUGUGAACUUGUCUCCAAAUAUAUUUGAAAAGCUAAUCUCAGUCAUGAUGGCUGUCUUUGAUGGAAAUGAAGCUGCUGCUUCCUCUAUGGAACAUCGUCAGUUUGUCGCUAAUGUGUUGGCCAUUCUUCAGCUUCAAAUAAGGAAAUUCCCAAAUACUGAUACCAAUCUUUUGCUGAAUAAGUUGUGGUCACUCUGUCUGAAUGGCGAUCCUCUCGCUGGACAGAUAAUCUUCACGUUUUCUGAUGAUUUCGCUCACCGAGAUGAAAGUUCGCCAGAAAUGCAGAAAGUGAUUCAACACUUAGUCCAAUCAAAGGAGAAGAUGGAUCGUUACUCUCUUAUGCGAAAAUUGAAGGAGUAUUUCGAUUCCGAUUACAUUUCUGCAUUGGAACAUUUGGAGGAGCAACAGAUGCCCAAUAACUUAGUCAGUUGGUUGGACAAGCUGAAAUCCACGACCGUCAUUUUCCCAUGGACGCGUAUUUUAUACCUCAAAUUCUUCCAUUCUAAGAAUAUAUUGGUUCUUAAUGAAACAAUGAAAUAUAUAGCCAACAAUUUGACAAUAUCUCAUUUGACUGAUUGGAAUUUGAUAGAUGAGUUUCUAGCAGCAUCCAAUCGAACGAUUUUCGCUCAUUAUGAUGGAGUCUUCAAAAACUUCGUAUUAUCAAGUGGAGUUGAAUUGCUUGUUGAACCCCUGGUAAACGUUCCAUGGAAAUGGAACAAUAUUCCACUAUGGAAUUGGCUCAGAUGUCUACCGAGAGAGAAGCAAGGACAAUCGCCAAGCAUUAGUAAGGAAAUAUUCCUUAAACUCGCUUUUAAAGUCCAAGAAAUGACAGGCGUACUUAAGCUAGAAGACAUUUUACGAUGCGUUAUGGAUCGAUUUUGCGUUACAAUUGACGAAUUGUCCUUAAGGGAUUACUUGUUCUUUAUUGAGACGAUGUACAAAAACUCGAUAUAUGAAUAUUGCGAUCAUAAUAGUUUGUUGGACAAAAUAAAUAAUUGUGACAAUUUUGGAGCGGAAAUCGUUUUCUUCAACAAAAUUAACUUGGAUGAAUUAUUCAAUUCGAAUCCAUUCUGUAUACGGUUCGGAUAUCCUGUAGUUGCUACUCUAAUUGAAAAACUAAGAACAGUACCAAAAGCUCAACAUGGAAUGUUACCUUAUUACAUAAUGGCUUGGAUCAAGGACUGGAAAAAGAUUAGGGACUUUUGGGCCACCAAGUACGAAGUGAACAUUUCUUUAAUUCUAGGCGGAGAUCUGAAGCAAAUACAAACUCAUUUGCUCGAUAAGCUCAUGUGGCAAACUGAAGAGGAGAAAUCCAUUUUGCUGGAAAAUUCUGUAGACUUGUUUGUUUUAAAUCAGAUAAAAAAGUGGAAGGACAUAAAAUCUUUUGGCUACAAACCACAGGAACUACUUCAAAUGGGAGGAAAGGAAACAUUUGAACACUUAGGAAAUCUUUUGGAAGAAGUUGAUGAACGAUUGGAGGACGCGAAUGUGUUAUCGACUUUUGUGUCUUUACUGGAAAAGUUUCCAACUCUUGCCAUAGCUGACUAUAUUGGAAAAUAUGCAUCCAAACAUUUGACACCUGCAGAACAAAAUAGCAUUUCCUUAAAGAUUAUUACGAAUCAUAUUCGUAGCAAUAGAAAUGUUGUUAUUGGAAUAUUAAAAUCAAAAGUAAAAUUUUCUAUCAAUGAAAUCCUAGAGGAACUUAUCCUUCAUUUAGAAAUAACUGAAAAUGCAUGGAUUUUUGAAUCUCUAACUACUUUUUGUGACAUGGUGUUUUUGGUUAGCAAGAAUCCAAACAAAAUCAUUUGUGAAUUGUUGCAGCUUAACAAUGAACUGUCUAAGAGCCAUCCACGUUAUCUAGCCAACUCCAAGGAGCACAGACUUAAAUUUUGCAUUGCCUUUGUUUUGCUUGACUCACAGAAGUAUCUAAAUAGAGCAGUGUUAUUCUCAUUAAAUUCACCGCCACAUGAACAAAUGGUAUCUGAAUGCUUAGAUUUGUUAUGGACAGCAUUACUUUCACCCCAUGAGCAGUUAAAUAUUACAUGCCUUUAUGAAAUGAUAGUGACACAAUAUUUAUAUGACACAAAUCCACAAAUCCUUAUUGAGCGCUUGCAGUUUAUAGCUACUCUACAGCAAAAUCAACAAAUGUCCUUACUUUCCGUUACACAUUUUUUAUUAAUUAAAAUUUAUGGAAAAUGGAUCGGCAACAUUGAUAAAUUCUUACAAUGCUUGGUGCCUCUUAAGGAAGCAGAAAACUUAGAAGUUCGUCAAUUCACAACACUAAUUAUACAAAAAUUGUUUACACGAUAUCCAAGUUUGCGAAAUGCGCCUUUAGAUGAAUCUAUACAGAAAAUUUUAAAGGAUCAAAUAGCAGAUGAAUCGGUUUUACCUCAUGUGAAAGUUCGUCUCCUGUUAUAUAAAUUUUUUGGAAAACGCUGGUCAAUACAUAGCCUUUUGUUUGUUUUUAACAUGAAAAAUGGUACAGUAAUUUAUCCAAAUAAAGGUAUGGAAGAAGAACUGCAUGAAUUCCGAAGCGCUUUGAAGUCCACAUCCAUCGAUCCUGGUGGAGUUCCACCAGUGAAUGAAGAUAUGCCAAGCAACAAACCAACUAGCCAUACAUAUCCCAAGUCCAAUCUAACCUGCCAAAAUACAUCGGCUGCAACCGAGCCAGGAGUUGUUCCUUUAGUCCGUGGAACAAGUUCAUCUCAAUCUGAUGGCGAACUAAUUGUAUUAUCCACUCGCAAUCAUAAUGAAGCCAGCUUAGAUGACUUGAUGGAGACCUGCAAUGCGUUUGGCGUUCGAACUUUGGUAUUGAACAAGUUGACAAAUUUAGGAAUCAGAACUGCAGGUGAACUAACAAUAUGCCUAAAAGACCCUGAGUCGUUGCAUGAAUAUUUGCGUGAGAAAAAAAUGAAAAAUUAUAAAAUUGUUGGCAUAGAAAAUAUGGAAAGAUCACAUAAAUUGGCUUCAUCUCAGAAGACAAUUUUGGUUCUUGGUGAGGAUCAACAAGGCACAGCGGACAAUUUGAAGGACUUGUUAGAUUUUACAAUUGUAUUACCACUGGCUGAUGUGAAAAAUUUACAAAAUAUGGCAAUAUUUUUUUGUUCUCAGCCAGGACCUGAAAUGUGUUAAAAAGAAUCCCCUUUUUACUUUUACAAGUUGUCAAUUAUUACCCAUAUUAACCAAAUUAUAAAACUUAAUCAAUUA